UAAAUUCAACGGCUAUGAAAGGGUUUCAGAUUCACAAGACAAUUUCAAAAUUUGAAAGAAGGCUUUUGUUCCCACUCUCUCGCACAGACAUCCAAGAAGAAGAAGCAAUGGAGAAGGUAGGAGAAUGCGUAUUGGAUCCAGAGACGGAGUUCUUAGCGUCAAAGCAAGAUACAGGUCACGAGUGGGAACUAUUCAAGGAAAAUGUUAGACCUUUGAAGAGAGGCCGUAAUGUUCAACUCCUCAACAAUGCCCUCAAGGCUAAUACUGAUUUUCAACUCAAGAAAUCUCUUCUUGACAAGCGAAGGUCUUUGAUCGAAGCAAUUGACCAAUACAAAGGUGAAGAUCCUCUUCAGCCAUGGCUCCAGUGCAUCAAGUGGGUGCAAGAGUCUUUCCCUCCGGGUGGGGACAGUUCUGGACUUAUUGUUAUUUAUGAACAAUGUGUCCGCACCUUUUGGCACGAUGAACGAUACAAGGAUGACCUCCGUUACUUGAAAACGUGGCUGGAAUAUGCUGAAAACUGUAUGGAUGCUGAAGUCAUCUAUAGCUUUUUGGAGGCUAACAAAAUUGGGCAGACACAUUCUUCAUUCUACAUAGCCUAUGCUUUGCACAUGGAAUCUCAAAAUAAAAUUAAAACAGCAAAUGAGAUCUUCAAUCGAGGGCUAUCCAUGAAUGCAAAACCCGAAGAUAAAUUGAAGGAAUCCUACAAGAAGUUUGUCAUUCGUUCAAUGGGACGCCCCAAAGCAGCAGAGGAGGAGCUAGCAGAACACCAGCUUCCAAUGAGAAGCUUUGGGACACUGUUGGCAAGGGGGGAAGCUCGAAACCAAACAACAGGAACUUCUGAUUUGUCUCGGAAGAAAAUGAAACAGGAUAGAGCUCAAGGGAGCCUGCUAUCCAUUUACAAAGAUACAAAUGCUGGAAUGUCAUCAACUCUUCAAUCAGAAGUACCAAAGCUAGAGAACAAAUCAUGGCACUGUCUUGGUGCCCGAGCAGAAAGGAACAAGGAGAAUCAGGCAAUUCCUUCAAAGUGGACAUCUAAUAAGGUUCCGCAAAGACACGGGCUUAGAAAUCGAGGAGCUACUACCACGGGUGCAUGCCUAGAGAUCUUCGUGGAUGAGGAAUGUGCCAAAAUCUUGGAUUGGCUUUUUCUUCCCUCCUCCAUCACUGACAGAACACGUGAGAAGGAAUCUGCUGGUGGAAACGUUUCUAGUUUACAGCUUAGACGAGGAGAUGAUAAAGACAUAAAAAAGGAAACUGAGUUGCUGAGGGAGAACCCACUGCGUUAUUUUCCUCCAACCUCUUUACCUAGAUGAGCUGACAGAACAGAAAAAUGCACAUUCUUGUGUGAUGAAUUUUCUCUAUCUCAAAAUUCUCAACCUUGUCCAGUGCAAGCACUUAACAAAAUUUCUAAGAAUAUUGAGUGAAGCGAUUGAAAGAAGCAUUAUGGUUGUAAUACAUCUAUCUUUGGAUUUGGCAGGCUUGAGCCAAAUCCUUUAGAACUCUUGACGACUUAGAGGAGUGUUUUAUAUGAUUGCAAGAGUUACGAUGGAUGUGGCUCAAUGUGCUUUAUCAUACUUUUGCUCUUGAUUGAAGAGUUCUGUUUUCCUUU